AUGCCUUCAGAUGCUAUAAAGUAUCCAAAAGGUUGUAAGCCAAUCAGUGCAAAUAUUAGAAAUACAGAAUUAUUGAAGCGAUUAAAGGUUUUAUCUGAAGCAUUGAAAUGUGAGAUCACAAAUGAAGAAGCUAACGCUCCGAAUCGCUACAAAGAUUUGAUUUUUCAUUUAACUGAUUCACAGUUUUUGAGCAACAAAAACAGUGAUGUACAAUUGUUGUUAGCGUGUUGCGUCGCAGAUCUUUUUCGGAUUUUCGCACCAAAUUCACCAGUUCAAGAUCCUUUUCUGCUCAAGGAUGUGCUACUAUUCAUAACAGCAGUAAUUGGAAAUAUUCCAGAUAAGGGAAAUUCGAUGUACCACUAUUAUUUAUAUUUUCUUGAGAAUAUUUCGGUAGUAGGAACAAUGCAAAUAGCUCUGGAACUAGGAGAUGAUGCUUAUGUGGUUCUGCGGCAGUUAAUCAAAGAGUCUUUUAAUGGUGUUAACGAGAAAAAUGCUGAUGAACACCUUCAAGGAAUGCUCAUGGAAAUGUGUUCUAAAUUGAUCCAAGGAGUUGACCAAAUUUCAAAUAUCGUCCUGGAUGCAAUUUUCUUCUUCAUUGUGCAACCCCAAAAAAUAAAUAAUCAUGAAGCUUAUCUUAUGGCACGUGAUUUGAUUCGGACAAAUGAAACAACACUGGAACCAUAUGUUGCUUUACUGUUAAAACGUGGACUGGAGACAGGCAUAUUGGAUGAAUGUGAAUUAAUUUCUCAGAAAAAAUUAUGCGAUUUAAUUUGCGAGCUACAUAAAUUCGUGCCGGAAAUGAUUUCCUCCGUACUUCCAAUAUUAGUUAAUCAGAUAAAGAGUGAAGAUGUUGCUGUGCGUCGAGAAGCCGUUCGUUUAUUUGGAAAUCUUUUUGGUGAUGAGAAUUCGCGUAUGGCUGAGGACGAACCCGAAGUUUGGAACGAAUAUAUGAAAUGUUUUGCUGAUGUGAAUGAAGAAAUUCGUCGUAUUUGUAUUAGAAAUGCUGAAGAUAUUCUCAUUUUUCAUCCAGAAUUGAGUGGACAAGUGACAGAUGCUGUCAUUUUGCGUUGUCAGGAUCUGGAUGAAAACGUACGUUUGGAAAGCGUUACGAUGGUUCAAGGACUGGCAAAACGGAAAUUCGAAGCUUUGAGUGAAAGACUUCUUACGCAUGUCAUCGACAGAAUUCGAGAUAAAAAGGUCAGAGUUCGACAUGCUGUAAUUCGUGGACUUUCCCAUCUUCAUCGUACAAUUUUUACUAAUGAUGAACUGACAAAUUUGGAACGGUCCUCCGUUUCUAGCAUAUUCUCUGCUAUUAUGAAUCAUUAUUAUCAGCCACUUUUGGAAGAUAGGUUAUUAACGGAGAAAAUAUUUGUUCUCAAUUUAAUUCCAUAUAAGCUAGAUGAAAGCAAACGUAUGGGAAUACUGGUUAAUAUUUCUCUGAGUAUGAACAACUAUGGUGUAAAAGCUCUAGAACAAAUUUUGAUGAAGCAGUCAUUUCAACGACAACUUUUACGCAAUCUGGUAAAAUUGAUUGAGCAGAAUGUUGAGCCACAAAAGGGAAAAACAAUUGAUGAUGUUAUCAGAGGCAUCGUUGAGUGCAAUCCUGAACCAGCCAAAUUUUCGCUUGUUUUCAGGCAGUUUAUAACACACUUAACAAAUGACAGGCAGAUAUUAUUGUCGUUGAAAUAUAUUACGGGAAAAGAAUAUAUCUGUCAAAAGGUUGAGUCGGCUGUUUUGGAAAUUUUACAACGUUUGCGAGAUUAUAAAGUGUCGAUGGAAUGUUUGGAUGCGGUGAGAUGUUUGUUUGAGUGCUGUUCACCGCUUCAGUUUGAUGGGAGUGCAGUAUCAGUGUUGGUUGAUAUGAUAGUUGCAGAUGCAUAUCCACAUUGCUUUGUAAAUGGACCUACGUUGGAAGGUUUAGUACAACUGAUCGAAAUGGAAAACUUUUCCGAAACAGAAAAUUUACUUGGGCUGGUAAUUACAAUUUCUACUGAACUCAAACAGCAUCAAUUCCUGGCUAAAGAUAUGAUUGAUAAAUAUGUCAAACAUUGCGAAUACAUUAGUCUGAAUGGCACUCCCCGUGCUGCAAAGUACGCUGUGCGUUGUAUUUCGAAGUUGUUGGACACUGAACAAGCUCGAGCGAGGCUUGGAAGUAUAUUUCAGGAUUCUUUGUCGCGUAUUUCUACAUUCGACCCACAGUGCUGUACAGCACUUAAAGCACUAAGCUCUUGCGUGGAAGUGGAUACUGUGCAGUUUUGCAACGAACUUCUCGAAAUACUCAAAACAAAAAUAAUGGAUUUACUGCUUGACCGAAGUGGCAGUAGCAUAAUUUUUAAUGAGCAGAGUAAUGCCAAUAAUUACAAUGAGCAGUUUGCUGAUGGAAUAAUUUGCGACGAAAAUUAUGUGGAGAUUAAGAAGCACUGUCUGAAAUUUGUUGCGAAGUUUUUGGUAUCCGUAGCGCAAUUCUCGAAGUGUGAUGUUGAACCAUUGGCCAGAAACCUUCUGAAGCUGUAUUCCACUUUGUUGGAAACAAAGGGAGAUAUCUUCGAGAAACCAUGUAGCCGAACUCAUAUGGCUGAAUUUCGUUUAUUGGCAGGAAGUUCAAUGUUAAAACUUGCAACGAAACCACGGUACGCGAAAUUUGUUACCGCCGAUGAUUUAAUUAUGCUCUCUGCACUUGGUCGUGAUGAAGAAUCUAAAAUGCGGCAUCGAUUUUUCGGCAAACUUAACAAAUAUUUAAUGGCCCUUCAACUACAUGUUGAAUACAUGGGACUGUUUGCACUUGUUACUUUAUAUGAAGAUACCGAUUUCCAAAAUAAAAUGCGUGUUUUGAUUGAUGCAAAUAUAACAAAAAGACGGAAAUACUUGGAAAAACUGGAAAGGAAAGAAUUUGCACCAUAUUACCAGCCUGAAUAUUGCAUUGCAUACGCAAUUUACAUACUUGCAAAGCUUCCGUCAUUUGAGUCUACUAAAUGUGAACACGAAUUAUGGCGAUUGACAGAAUCUAUCUGGUUUUUGUUGGAAAUUUUCAGUACAAGAAAAGAACCGGGUAGUUUAGAAUUUAUUUACAACAUAUUCAAGACAGUAAAAAACAGCACAGAUUCAAAGUUGCAGGACUGUACGAGGGAGGAGUUGCAACAAAAAAAUGAGAAAAUAUGGGCGUUGUGUGAUAUUGGAAUACUGUUAAUGUCUUACCGUGUGAAGAAUUUGAUGAAGGAUGUAGAAAAUAAACCGCUGCUGAGUAAAAGAUUCUUUCUGAACAUGGGAAAAACUAAUACCAGAGUGUACGUGCCGACAUCGUUCGUCAAGCAGAUGAAAACAAAGAAAGCAAGCGCAAAGUAUCAGAAAACUGACACUACGAAAGCAGCGACCAAGUUAUUUAUACGGCGCUCCUUGACAAAUAAUCCAAGGCAAUCUACAAGAAAAUCCAGUGACCUGAAAGUUACAGUUGGCAAUAAAAGAGCAAUUAAUAGGAACCACAUACGAAGGAAUCCAAGUCAUAAAGCUCAGACGAAUGGCCUUUCUUUCAGUAAUGAAACUGAUGUUAUUAAACUUUCUAAGCUUGUUUCUGAGGAAGAAAAACCACGGCAGGAUAAGCUAAACAUAAGUGAAAAGAAAUUAUUUUUGGAAAAAAAUUUUCAAACAAGUAAUAGCAGCAGUUGGGGUUUGGAAAAGAAGGCUUCCUUACUUUCGAACACGUCGGUAAGUGGAAAAGAGAUGGGAAAGAGAACAAUUUCAUUGAAAAGCUUGAGGGAUGAAAGUAAACUUGAAACGUCAGAAGCAAGUUUUAGUACCGGGGAUGGUCGAAAUAUCCGUGAUUCAUUAGAAGAUUGCAACUACUCACCAAUUCUUCCAGUUCGCAUGAGAGAUAUCACUGUUAGUCAGCCAUUCACAAGUUCAACACCAAUCGUCACCUCCAGGAAACGUCGACCAAUCGUAACCGCAAGUGAAAAUAAUGAUGUUACGCAUAAGGGCAAAAAUAGUGUUGAAGUGGUGGUAACCAAGAAAUUGAAGAAAGUGAAUUCAAAAAGUGGCGGUAAAUGUGGUAAGAUAAAAAAGUUAAGCGCUGCUGAGAGUACAAAACUGUCAGAUGAAAAAGCUCAAGCAAAAAUAGUACCAGAAACGAGUGGCAUAGCGACACGAUUGCGUUCACGACAAACAGUACUUUCAUUUCCUGCUCAACAUCCGAAAGUGGAAUCAGCGAAGAAGUGA